ACACCUACAUAAACCCAUUCCUCUCCCGAAAAAAUAUAGAUAUCUUCCUUAGGGUUUUAGGACUCGACGCUGGCUCAGAAGUGAACUCAGGUUACAGCAAUGGCUUUCUUUGGUAGAAUUGGGAAUCUAUUAAGACAUGCAGCGAACAGGCAGAUUAAUUCACAGAUUAGUUCAGAAUUGCGUGCAACGCCUUCUGUUUUUCUGGCCAUACGCAGCAUGUCUUCUGCUCCAAGCUCAAAGCUGUUUAUAGGAGGUGUUUCAUUUUCUACUGAUGAGCAAAGCUUGAGGGAAGCUUUUUCAAAAUAUGGUGAAGUUGUUGAUGCUAGGAUAAUUAUGGAUCGUGAAACUGGUAGAUCCAGAGGAUUUGGCUUUAUUACAUACAGUUCAGUUGAGGAGGCAUCAAGUGCCAUUCAGGCCUUAGACGGUCAGGACCUUCAUGGGCGCCGAGUUAGGGUAAAUUACGCAAAUGAGAGAACUCGUGGAUUUGGUGGUGGAGGCGGUUUUGGUGGUUCUUAUGGUAACUCACCAUAUGGUGCUGGAGCUGGCACUGGCUAUGCUGGUUCUUAUGGUGGCUCUCCGUAUGGUGGUGGUGGCUAUGGUGGAAAUGCUGCUGGGAGUUAUGGUGGUGGUGGCUAUGGCGGAAAUGUUGCUGGAGGUUAUGGUGGUGGUGGAUAUGCUUCAGGUGGCAGUUAUGGGGACAGCGGGAGUGGAAUGAAUUAUGGGAAUGAUGGUAACCUUACAAGUGGAAACACUUACACUGGUGGAAGUAGUGGAGGAUAUGGUGGUAACAGUGGAAAUUUUGGGGAUGCUGGAGGUGUAGGCAAUCUUGAAAGCUCUGGUGGUUUUGCUGACAGUGAUAAUUAUGCUGCGUCUGGUGGUGGUAGCCAUGGUUUUACAAGUAGUGGAUAUGAUGGAAGUGCCGUGGAUGGCAGUACUGGCACAAGCUUUACUGGUGGAUAUGAUGGAAGUGGAGGGUUGGAUAGCAAAGAAAGUAGCAAUAGAGAUGGGGAUUUGGGGGACUCAUUGGAAGGAAAUUACAAGGAUGACGAUGAUGAUACUGAUAAUUUUGCCAAAAGGGCUUGAUGGAAGCUUGUAGUUCUGAGUUUUCUUCCUGCACUUGUGUUCUGUACCCUACCUCUUCCUAAAUCUCUAUGGACUUGAAUUUGAUGAAACAUUUCAAGCAUGUUUAUCUUGAUCAUCAUGCAUGGCUGGGAAGAAAGUAAUAUAGGUCCAUUUAAAGCGUCAUUCUUCCCUUCUAUCCAAUAUCCAUAACAUAAAGAGUCGGGCAUCUCAUUUUUGUUGCUUACUUUAAGGGUAUUUAGCAUGACCGAAUCGAGUUCUUUAUACAUGUAUGUAAAUCAGUGAAUUGUUGCUAUUUGCAGCAAUAAUCGUAGACUGAUGUGGGAAUUUUAUGAAUAGUUAUUCAUUUUAAGCAAUUUAGCUCGGGACUGAUAUUUCUUUAGAGCUGUCAUUUGAAUAAUUCCUACCCUUCCCCGCCUGAUUUUUUUGGGGGCUGAUGUUAAUUUUGCUAAUACGCCGUAGGUUUUAUUUGUUUCUCCUUGUACUUGAGUCGAUUCGGUUUUUCUUUAAUUACAUUGAUGUCUCCCUCGUAAGAAUUGAAUCCGAGGUAAGUGAUUGAAGGUUCCAUUGCCUUUCCUUGAUUGUUAAAUGCUGGAGGCUGCUUUCGAUGGCUAUCAACAGAGACGGAACUCAUAGCUGGUCAAACUCUUAACCCUCUGGUUCCAUUAGGAAGCUAAAAUAUGUUGUACGUAAACUCUUAUGUUCUAUCCUUCAAAGGGUGGAGGAAUUGUUAUAGAAGGAAAAACAUUAGAUAUUUAGUUAUAGCUUAAAACCGUAAACACCUAAAUAAAGUUGACGAGUUGUCACACUUG